UUUCAUUUGGGUAUGGUCUUUUCAUUUGGGUAUGCUCUUUUCAUUUGGGUAUGGUCUUUUCAUUUGGGUAUGCUCUUUUCAUUUGGGUAUACACUUUUUUCCUUAGGGUACCCAGUUCUCAUUCUGGUACACACACUUUUUUAAUUUGGGUACCCAGUUUUCAUUUGGGUAUGCACACUUUAUUCGGAUUGCAUCAUGAAGUUUUCCAUAAUCAUAAAAAUAUUGCCGCUUUAAACACCUUGAAUAACAAAAACAAUGACAAACUAUAACACGAAAUUUGGAGUAUCAAACUUGGUAUAUAUACCCAAAUAAAAAAACCAUACCCAAAUGAAAAGAGCAUAUCCAAAUGAAAAGAGCCAUACCCAAAUGAAAAGACCAUACCCAAAUGAAAAGAGCCAUACCCAAAUGAAAAGAGCAUACCCAAAUGAAAAGACCAUACCCA